UACCGCCUCCGCCCCCUCCAAGACCAAGCUUUCCAUGGCGCCGAAGGCAGCGGCGGUGGUUGCGGUUGCGCUGCUGCUCGCGGCGUCGUCGGCAGUGACGGCGGUGCGUGCCAUGCACGACUACGACGACGCCCUCCACAAGAGCAUCCUCUUCUUCGAGGGCCAGCGCUCAGGCCGGCUGCCCCCCGACCAGCGCCUUCGCUGGCGCCAGGACUCUGCGAUCCACGACGGCGCCGCCGCCGGCGUGGACCUGACGGGCGGGUACUACGACGCCGGCGACAACGUGAAGUUCGGGUUCCCGAUGGCGUUCACGGCGACGCUCAUGUCGUGGGGGCUGAUCGACUUCGAGCGCAGCUUCGGCGCGCACGAGGCGGAGGCCCGGAAGGCGGUGCGGUGGGCGACGGACUACCUGAUGAAGGCGACGGCGACCCCCGACACGGUGUACGUGCAGGUGGGCGACGCGUUCCGCGACCACUCGUGCUGGGAGCGGCCCGAGGACAUGGACACCCCGCGCACCGUGUACAAGGUGGACCCCGCGCACCCGGGCUCCGACGUCGCCGCCGAGACCGCCGCCGCGCUCGCGGCCGGCUCCAUCGUCUUCCGCGACGCCGACCCCGCCUACUCCCAGCGCCUCCUCGACCGCGCCAUCAAGGUGUUCGAGUUCGCGGACAAGCACAGGGGGCCCUACAGCAGCAGCCUGCACGCGGCGGUGUGCCCCUGCUACUGCGACUACUCGGGGUACCAGGACGAGCUGCUGUGGGGCGCGGCGUGGCUGCACAAGGCGUCUCGGCGGCGCGAGUACCGCGACUACAUCAAGCGGAACGAGGUGGUGCUCGGCGCCAGCGACGCCAUCAACGAGUUCGGCUGGGACAACAAGCACGCCGGCAUCAACGUCCUCAUCUCCAAGGAGGUCCUGAUGGGCAAGGACGAGUACUUCCAGUCGUUCCGCGUGAACGCCGACAACUUCAUCUGCACCCUCCUCCCCGGCAUCUCCGGCCACCCCCAGAUCCAGUACUCCCCCGGCGGCCUCCUCUUCAAGGUGGGCAACAGCAACAUGCAGCACGUGACGUCGCUCUCCUUCCUCCUCCUCGCCUACUCCAAGUACCUCAGCCACGCCAGCGCCCGGGUCCCCUGCGGCGGCGGCGCCUCCGCCUCCCCCGUCCAGCUCCGCCGCGUCGCCCAGCGGCAGGUGGACUACAUCCUGGGCGACAACCCGCUGCGGAUGUCGUACAUGGUGGGGUAUGGCCCGCGGUUCCCGAAGCGGAUCCACCACCGCGCCAGCUCGCUGCCCUCGGUGUCGGCCCACCCAGCGCGGAUCGGGUGCAAGGCCGGCGCGGCCUACUACGCCAGCCCGGCGCCCAACCCGAACCUCCUCGUGGGCGCCGUGGUGGGCGGGCCCAGCAACAGCACCGACGCCUUCCCCGACGCGCGGGCCGUGUUCCAGCAGUCCGAGCCCACCACCUACAUCAACGCGCCGCUGCUCGGACUCCUCGCCUACUUCUCUGCCCACCCCAACCCGGCCCAGUGGGGCGGCGACUGAAGAACGAGAGACGGUGGUGGUGUGGCCCUGUGGGCUGUUAGGCUUGGUGGGCCUUAUGUAUGUUCUGCGAUGGGAUGAUUCAUCCUGUUGCCGCCGCCGCCGCCGCCGCUGUUAUUUUGUUGAUGAUUCCGUAGUCGGUGCCGAUCCUUUCCUGUAAAAAAUGGCAGGAACAAGGAUUGGUCGUAGCGUUCUUCUACUUCUAGUCUUCUGCUAUAGUACCGUGUCUGUGCUUCAGCAUGCUUGGUGUGAUUCAAGAUCCAUCUGGCUGGCUUUGCAAUGAAUCCUGUUCUAUCCUAGUCUCUGGUGCCAUCUAUCAACCCUUCCACGAUUGCCUCCGCUACAAUGAGUUCUAUUCUAAGUCCAUGUGUAGCAACACGUCUACUUUUUCUCCGCUAGACAAUAGACAUGGUCUCUUUCUGGCUUUGGGGUCCUUGCUGGACUCCAAUUCUUGCUUGAAACAAACACACAGGCUUACUCGAAAAG